GCCGGCAGCCUCGGCUUGUGCUAACAUUUUGCUCCCCCCCUUCGAGCUUGCCGCUUUUGUUUCUGCCUCGGCUUCGGCUUCGGCUUCUUGGAUUGGCAAUGGAGAUGCAGGGGAUCGGGAGGUACUGGGGCGUGGGCGGGAGGCGGUGCGGGUCGUGCGGCGGCUCGCCGGCGACGUCGCACUGCCGGACGUGCGGCGGCGGUGAAUCCUCCUACCUCUGCGCGGGGUGCGACGCGGCGCACGCGCGGGCCGGGCACGAGCGCGUGUGGGUGUGCGAGGUGUGCGAGCUGGCCCCCGCCGCGGUCACCUGCCGCGCCGACGCCGCCGCGCUCUGCGCCUCCUGCGACGCCGACAUCCACGACGCCAACCCGCUCGCCCGCCGCCACGAGCGCGUCCCCGUCCGCCCCAUCGGCUCUUCCGAGUCCGAGAUCGACGACGCUGGUGAUAUUGGUCACGUUUCUCACGGCUCGCGUCUGCUAGGCGGAGGAGGGAAGGCCGACGCCAUUGUCGGCGGCGGCAAGGAGAACGCGAUGAUGAAGAUGGACUUCCUGUUCGCGGACGUGAUGGCGGAGAUGGACCCGUUCUUCGGCCCCGAGUUCGCGCGGUUCCCGCACGCCGAUAGCGUUGUCCCGAGCAACAACAACCACGGCGGAUCCGGACCGGGCGCGGUGGAGCUGGACUUCGGUCGCGUGGCCGCCGCCCCGGUGUCCAAGCCGUCGUCGUACAGCUCUUACACGGCGGCGUCCCUCGGUGGCAGUGGCUCAUCGUCGGAGGUCGGGCUGGUGCCGGAUGCCAUCUGUGGCCGCGGCGGCGGCAUCAUCGAGCUCGACUUCUCGCUGUCCAAGGCCGCGUACCUGCCGUACGCCCCCACUCCUACCCACAGUGUAAGCAGUGUCUCGUCUACCGUGGACGUGGCGGCGGUGCCGGAACGGGGCGCCGUCGACGGCGCGGCGAGUACUGCGGCGACAGGGGAGAUGUCGAGGGAGGCGCGCCUGAUGCGGUACCGCGAGAAGCGCAAGAACCGGCGGUUCGAGAAGACCAUCCGGUACGCGUCCCGGAAGGCCUACGCCGAGUCGCGGCCCCGCGUCAAGGGCCGCUUCGCCAAGCGCACCGAAGACGCCGAUGCCGAUGCCGACGCCGACGCCGACGCCGACGCCGACGCCGCGGCCACGGACAUGGCCACGGCGCGGGCGCCCAGCUGCGUGCUCGACUUCGGCAGCUACUACGGCGUCGUGCCCACCUUCUGACGCGCGCGCCGGCGUACGUGGGCAGAUGGUUUUGCUUGCUUCGGGCUGGAUGACCGACCGAUCGAUGGCUGGUUGGCAUGCAUGUUGGCUAGAACUAGAAUAAGUUAGUACAGCUAGUUCUGGUUGACUAGUCCACUGCUACCUCUUUUUUCGGCUAAGCUUGAUGAAAAAUUAGGCUGGUUCUACUGUUGCUAGAACAGCUAGUUCUAGUUUUGGGGUCGACAAGAUUUUUAUUUCACGUCUUACCAACGGUUCCGAUGAUGCUUCAUCUCGGCCUUGUCUGCUCCACGUUUAUGGAUAUUACUCUUUGUUUAACCUACAUGUUUGCUAUUUAUGACUUUGAGAAA